AAUAAAUAAUAAUAAUAUAAUAAAAAAAAAAAAAUAGAGAAAAAACAAGAAAGUUUUGUUCGUUCUUAAAAAAAAAACCAUAACCUUUGAAAAAAACAUUUGUAUAGCAAAAAAAAAAAAGAAGAAAAAAGAAUUAAAAAAAAAACAGAUACCCUUUUUAAUAUUUAUUAAUUAAUUAAUAAUUUCCCUACCCCCAAAAAAAAAAUAUUAUAAUAAUAAUAUAAUAUGGGGAAAACAAAAAAGAACCAUGGUUCCGAGCAAUCAGGAACUUCAUCUUCGGUAGAUGACAAGGUCGACUUAAUACAACUAUUAUCUAAUACAACAACUCCAACGGAAGACGAUAUUGUUUCCACAUUACAAGCUCGUUUUAAACAUGACUUACCUUACACUAGACUCUCUUCCUCUUCUUUAGUUGUAGUAAAUCCUAAUAAAAAUUUGGGUUAUAUGAGCGAUGCUUCAGCUAAAGAAUAUGCUGAUCAAUGGUAUAAGGAUACAUCUGGUAAUAAGUCAGCUUUACAACCUCAUAUUUAUGAAUUAGCUGCUAAAGUUUAUAUGCAUAUGAGAAGAACUGCUGAAGACCAAUCCGUUAUAUUUAGUGGUGUAACUGGAUCUGGUAAGACAGCUACUCAAGGUCAUCUUUUACAACAAUUAUUACUUUUAUCAACUCAUACAAAAAAAGAAUCAAAAAUUGCAAAUCAAAUUCAAAAUGCUCAAAUAAUUCUUGAAGCUUUCGGUAAUUCAAAAACUCAACAAAAUAUUAAUGCUUCGCGUUUUGGAAAAUAUCUUGAAUUACAAUUUAAUGAGCGUGGUAGAAUUGUUGGCGCAAAAACUCUUACUUAUUGUUUCGAUAAAGCAAGAAUUACUGAAAUACCUUUGGAUGAAAGAACUUAUCACGUUUUUUAUUAUUUAUUGGCCGGCGCCACACCCGAAGAAAAAUCACAAUUUCAUUUAUUAGAACCUCAUCAAUAUAAUUAUUUAGCUCAAUCAAAAUGUUAUAAAAUUCCUGAUGUUGAUGAUUCCAUUCAAAUGGAUGAUUUGAGAGCUUCACUAAAGAUCCUUGGAUUUAAAUCAAGAACUAUCGGUCAAAUAUUUCAAAUUCUUUCUGCUAUUCUUUUACUUGGAAAUGUUGAAUUUGUUAGUUAUGGAAAAGCAAAAGAUGAAGCUGCAACUGUAAGAAAUCAUAAUAUUUUAGAUUUAGUAGCUCAAUACCUUGGUGUACCAGCAUUUAAAUUAGAACAAACAUUAACUUAUAAAACAAAAUGUAUCGGAAAAGAAUUAUGUACCGUAUUUUUAAAUGCUGAAGCUGCUGUUGAACAACGUGAUGCUUUGGCUCGUGCUCUUUAUUCCAUUUUAUUUACUUGGAUUGUUGAACAUAUUAAUUCAAAAUUAAUUCAAUCUGAUGAACCUCCAAAUUUUAUUGGUUUAUUGGAUCAACCUGGUUAUCAAAAUUUUACAAAAAAUUCUUUUGAACAAUUUUGUUUGAAUUUUGCCACUGAAGAAACACAAAAUUUUGUCCUUCAACAAAUUUUUGAUGAUUCUGUUGGUAUAAAUAAUGAAAUAAUUCAAGAUGGUAUUUCUUUACCUAAUAUUACUACAAUGGAUAAUAAUGGAUGUGUCGAAUUAUUACGUGGUAAUAAAUCUGAUAAUGCAAGAAAUAGUUCAAGUUCUUCAGGAUCUACAAAAGUUAUACGUGGUGGAUUGAUUUCUGUAUUGGACUCUGAAUGUGCUAAAGUUCAAAGUGGUGAAGGAGCUUCUGAUGAUUCUAAAUUACUUUCCACAUUAAAAAAUACUUUUUCGAAUCAUCAUUCAUUUGUUAGUAAUCCUAAAACUUCUUCAAAAUCUGGUGCAUUUGGUAUUAACCAUUUUGCUGGUUCAGUUACCUAUACUGUUGAUCAAUUCAUUGAUAAAAAUUUGGACAAUUUAGGUCCUGAUUUCAUCAACUUAUUUAAUGAAACAAAUAAUUCUUUUAUUAGAAAAUUAUUUAAUGGUCCUGCUUUAGCAAUUGAAAGUCAUCCAAAGAAUGAAAAUACUGUUGUUAAAGCUCAAUUACCCACAAAACCGAUGAGAUCUCCUUCUGUGAAACGAAAGAAAAGUAAUGCUGGUGGUUUAAGUUCGAAUAAAGAAGGUGAUAAAGUACCAGAAAGUGAAAAAGAUCAAAAUAAUUUAAAGAAUAAACAAGUUACUACUGUAACAAUUCAACUUUAUUCUACUCUUAACCAAUUAACUGAUACUUUGAAAGAAACUAGAAUGUGGAACGUUUUUCAAAUACGUCCAAAUGAUGCAAAUGAACCUGAUUCAUUUGAUUCGAAACGUGUAAAAUCACAAGUUAGAAGUUUCUUAAUUCGUGACAUUAUCAUAAGAAAACGUAUUGAAUAUACUUCUCAAUAUACUUUUGAAGAUUUCUUAACACGCUACGAAAUGAUUCUCGCUUCUCUCAAUUUGGACCCUUCUAGAAAUCCUCGACAAAAAGUUGAAGCUUUUGCUACCAUAAGUGGUUGGAGUGAAAAUCAAAUUGCGAUGGGUAAUAAAUAUGUUUAUCUUUCUUAUUCGAUUUGGAAAGGAUUAGAAGAUUCAUUAAGAGCUGCUGAGAAAGAGGAACGUGCCAAAACUAAACAACUUAAAGAUGAUGAUAGCUUGGUUAGUGGUCCAGCACAAAGAGGUUUUAACACAGCUUCUGUUACAAGUUCUGCGGAUCGUUUAUUACCAAAGAGUGGUACUGCUAAUUAUUCUAGUAGUGAAACAGGUUAUUUUGAAGAUAGUCAAAGUUAUGUUGAAAGUGAAGAUGAAUAUUCAAAAACUGGGGGUGCUCAAUUUGGUGAAGAUGAGGAAGGAAGUAUGUGGGGAAGUGAAUGGGGAGGUAAAAAUAGUGAAGGUCAAUCACCCACAAGAAAUAGAGAUGUUGAAGCAAACAAUGAAAAAGAAGAAAUUGAAGAAAUCCCAACCACUAAAACUAGAAUUUGGUGGGUUCGUUUCGUUUGGUUGUGUACAUGGUGGAUCCCAUCAUUUCUUCUUUCUUGGAUUGGUAAAAUGAAACGUCCCGAUGUACGAAUGGCUUGGCGUGAAAAAUUUACCCUCUGCCUUAUCAUUUUCUUUCUUUCGGCUUUUAUAAUCUUUUACAUUAUAUUUUUUGGAAAUUUGAUUUGUCCUAAUAAAGAUAAAGCUUAUAAACCAGAACAAGUUGCAACACAUCAAGGUGAUGAUGAUUUUUGGGUUAGUGUUAGAGGUAAAGUCUAUGAUAUUUCCAAAUUUCACAAGACAGAUCAUUCAAGAAAUCCAGCCUUUACUGCAGGAUUAACAGAUAUGCAACCUUAUGGUGGUCAAGAUGUAACUUAUAUGAUCCCAAUACCGUUGGGAGAACCGGAUGUUUGUGGAAGUUUAAUUAAUAAUCCAGCACUUAUAUUCGUCGAUUAUUCCAGAAAUACGACCGGUCAAGUUCAAGGAGCAAAUUUACUAGUCCACCAAUCUGGUGUACGUGCACUUUUAAAAAAUUCAGCAACUCUUACAAACGCUAGAUGGUAUUGGGAUAAUUUCCUAGUUGCAAUGAAAGCUAAUAAUGGACUUAAAGCUGAUGUUGUCUACUCUAGAAAGGAAGUUGCAGAUCAAGCUGAUCAAGGACGUAAAUGGGGAAUUAUAAACAAUAAAAUUUAUGAUUUAACAUUAUAUUUUGCUACAGCUGGAUAUAAUCAACAAUAUCCUGACAGACCACAGAAUCCGGGAGUUCAAAAUUUCCGUUAUUUUGAUGACGCCAUAGAAACUUUCUUCGAUAAACAACCUGGAGGAGAUUAUUCUGAUAAAUUUAAUGGCAAAGCCUUGGAUGAAUUUCUUGAUCCUGUCAAAAAACAACUUUCUUUUCAAUGUUUAGAAAAUGUCUUUUAUGUUGGAAAAAUUGAUUUUAGGGAUUCAUUUCAAUGUCAAUUCAAUAAUUAUCUGUUGUUAGUAGCUGCUUGUGUUAUGUGUUCAGUUAUUCUUGUUAAAUUUUUGGCUGCAUUACAAUUGGGAGCGAAAAGAAAACCCGAAGAUCAUGAUAAAUUUGUUAUUUGUCAAGUUCCUUGUUAUACGGAAGGUGAAGAUUCUUUGAAAAGAACAAUGGAUUCUUUAGCAGCACUUACUUAUGAUGAUAAACGUAAACUUUUGUUCUUAAUUGCUGAUGGUAUGAUUGUCGGUUCCGGUAAUGAUAGACCUACACCAAAAAUUGUUUUGGAUAUUUUAGGAGUUGAUCCUAAAGUAGAUCCGGAACCUUUAGCUUUUAAAUCUGUCGGUGAAGGAAUGCAACAACUUAACUAUGGUAAAGUAUAUUCUGGAUUAUAUGAAUAUGAAGGACAUGUUGUUCCUUAUAUUGUCGUAGUUAAAGUAGGAAAACAAGAAACAGAAAGAUCGCGCCCAGGAAAUAGAGGAAAACGUGAUUCACAAAUUAUUUUGAUGGGAUUCUUAAACAAAGUCCAUUUUGAUUUGGAAAUGACACCAUUGGAAUUGGAAAUUUAUCAUCAAAUGACAAAUGUUAUAGGAGUUAAUCCAAGUUUUUACGAAUAUGUACUUAUGGUUGACGCUGAUACCGAAGUUAUGCCAGAUUCUCUUAAUCGUAUGAUAUCCUGUAUGUUGCAUGAUGGCCGAAUUAUUGGAAUUUGUGGAGAAACAACUUUGAUUAAUGAAGAAGGAUCUUGGACAACUAUGAUUCAAGUUUACGAGUAUUAUAUUUCUCACCAUUUGGCUAAAGCAUUUGAAAGUUUAUUCGGAUCAGUUACUUGUCUUCCAGGAUGUUUUUGUAUGUAUCGUAUAAGAACUCCAACUAAAAAUAGUCCUUUAAUUAUAUCAAGUGCAGUUAUUGAGGAAUAUUCGGAGAAUCAUGUUGAUACUUUACAUAAAAAGAAUUUAUUAUCUUUAGGAGAAGAUCGAUAUCUUACAACUUUAAUGAUGAAACAUUUCCCUCAGUAUAAGAUGACUUUUACACCUGAUGCUUUGUGUAAAACGGCAGCACCGGAUCGGUGGGCUAUUCUUCUAUCUCAACGUCGUCGAUGGAUUAAUUCUACUAUUCACAAUCUUAUGGAACUUAUGUUUUUACCUGAAAUGUGCGGAUUUUGUUGUUUCUCGAUGAGAUUCGUUGUUUUCAUUGAUUUGUUUGGUACUCUCAUUUUACCAUCUACAGUAGUUUAUAUUAUAUAUUUGAUUUGGGCGGUCGCAACAAAUAGACAAGAUUUACCAACUAUUGCACUUAUAAUGUUGGCAGCUGUGUAUGGAUUACAAGCAAUUAUAUUUAUAUUAAAAAGACAAUGGCAACAUGUUGGAUGGAUGAUAAUUUAUUUAUUGGCUUUCCCAUUGUUUUCAUUUUUCAUUCCAGUUUACUCGUUUUGGCAUUUUGAUGAUUUUAGCUGGGGUAAUACACGUGUCGUUCUGGGUGAAAAAGGUAAAAAACAAAUUAUUACAUCUGCAGAUGAAGAAAAAUUCGAUGAAAAAAUGAUACCAAGGAAAAAGUGGGCAGAUUAUGAGCAAGAAUUGUGGGAAGUUAAUACAGCUGAAAGUCAUGAAUCAGGAUUUUCAAAACGUAGUGGAGCAAGUGGUCAAAGUUAUAAAAGUAAAGGAAGUGGGCGUUAUAAUGAUAAUGCUUCGCAAUAUGGUGGAAGUCAAUAUGGUGGUGGUGGUAGUGUAUAUGGCGGUAGCCAAUAUGGAGGUGCUGAUUAUUAUAGGGAUACAAAUUUAAGUGCUCCGGCUGAUAGAAGACCGAGGUCAAGAAGUCCCGUACCACGUUAUCCUUCAUCUGAAUCUAAUAGAAUGAGUAGAGCUUUUAGUAAUUCUGGUGAUGACAUAAGAAAUUCACCUUUACUAGCGAGAGAUUUGGAAUAUAAUCCACCUUCCAGACCUAUAAGUUCAUACUCAACUGAUGGUGGUCCAACUGACGAAGAAGUGUUAGCUGAAAUUAGACAAAUAUUACAAACAGCUAAUCUAAUGAGCAUCACGAAAAAACAAGUUCGAGAACAAUUGACUACAGUAUUUAAUAUGGACAUGACAUCAAGAAAAGAAUUUAUUAAUAAUAGUAUAGAAUUGAUUUUACAAGGUAAACUUUAGAGAAAAAAUAUAUAUAAAUUUAAUUUAGAAAAACACAUUAAUUGUAAUAAUUGAAUGCAAAUUUUUGGGAUGGAAUUAUUAUUAUUAUUA